GUUAUUCCGUGCUCACUGCAUGGGAUCUCUAAACCCACUCCAGAAUUCGCAAAAGUUGCAUCGCGCUUAUUGGAAGAACUUGAGCAUUUGAAAGUACAAGUAAUUACUUUCAAAGAUGGCAUUGCUAGCGUUAAAGCAUUCACCGAAAAUGGAUCGUCUUUGAAAGAAGUCGCAGAAAUCCUUAUCAGUGAAGGCGUUUGUGAGCAUAUUCCUUCGGAAAAGAAUGUUUAUUCGAGAAAUGUGAUGCUGUCAUUAAGAUAUCGUGUUCCACAGUAA